AUGAAAUAUUCUGACUUAGAGGAAGCUCAUUGUGAUAAAACACUUACUCUUAAUGGUUUACUAGCUGAUCAUCUUAGUGAAUGCAGCUAUAACAUUAGUAUUACUAAAGAUUACUCUUCUAUUGAUUCAAAAAUCACAGAAAAUAAUGAAGGCAAAGAAUUGCUUUUAAAUGUAAGUUCAAUUAAAAAGGUUCUGAAUACAGAAAAGUAUUCAAUAAUUGCUAAUGCUCCAGUUUUGAGUGAUAUCAAAGCUUUGAAUAUUCGAGAAUGCUUAGAAAGAGAAGAGAAUAUAGAUCUGACUUGUAAACUUGUCUUAUAG